AUGAGUGAUUCAAGCGGAACAUCAGCUCUCGACUCCAGUCCAGAAACACAGGACGUCGCCAUGGCAAAAUAUUUACUGCUAGCAGUAGUUGUGGCUCUCCUAAUGGAAACCCUCGAUACAGUGGCUUGCUAUCGCCAUUCUACCCUCCCACUGGGAACAUGCAGACCGAGCGGACAUUUGCGAGGUAAGGAAGGAAACUGCAAUCCCGAACACGACUCAGACUGCUGCGUCGCUGGAAAGAAGUACCCCCAGUACCGUUGCUCUCCGCCGAUAAAACGAGAGACAAAGGCUCGCAUGACUGUCAACAGCUUUCGAAAGGGCGGCGAUGGCGGAGGCCCUUCUGAGUGUGACCGAAAGUACCACAGUGAUUCUGAGAUGGUUGUGGCUCUCUCGACGGGAUGGUAUGAUCGUGGAAGCAGAUGCUUGAAGAACAUCAGGAUCAACGCUAACGGCAAGUCCCUGCUGGCGAGAGUUGUGGACGAGUGCGACUCGGUGAAUGGGUGUGACUCUGAUCAUGACUUCCAGCCACCGUGUCCAAAUAACAUCGUCGAUGCUUCUCCGGCGGUGUGGAAAGCGUUCGGCAUACCUACGGCGGAGAUCGGUGACUAUGAUGUCACAUGGUCUGAUGCGUAA